GCGGCCGCUCAGAUUGGAGAGGCAUGAGCAUGAGGAGCGCGUGGUUAGUGUGAAUAUGGAGUCGAGUACGACGGGGGCGGCCCAGGCGAAGAAGUCUGAGGCGGAGAAGAGGGAGAAGGCCGAGAAAAAAAAGGGGAGGGCUGUUGAGGAGGAUGAUGAUGAUGCGCUGUUUGUGGCGCAGGAUGGAGAGGAUGAUGUGGAUGAGCAGUUGGUUAAGGAGGAGCCUAUGGAUGAGGAGGACCAGGUCAUGACUGAUGUGCCUCAUGCGGAUGAUACGGCUACGACUAUGGAUGAUGGGCUGCUUCCCGUGCAAAAGGUCAAGGUGCGUCGGAAGCUCAGCCCGUCUAAGUCUGUCUCCGAGUCGACGGUCCACAGCCCGGAACCGGAGGUGGUCAUCGAUCCCAAGAGUUUACUACGCACGAAGGAGGACAUCGAGGAGUACGAGCGUCACGAGCAGGAUUUGGAGAUUGUGAAGAGUCUCUUCCAGAAGGAGCCGCGGCCUGAACGCCCCGAGGCGUUGACCGGAACGGCCGAGGGUGCUGCGGAAGGAGAGGACAAGGGCAAGGAGAAGGAGGGCGAGGAGGAGGAAGCCAAGGAAGAGGAGGAUAAACUGGCCGGACAGCUGUUCCUCAUGCAGUUCCCUCCAUUGACCCCCAACCUGGUGCUUCCUGGAACUGAGACUACAGACGCCAAUCCUCCUCCCACGGAGACUGUGCCUACUGCCCAGCCGAUCAAGCGCGAGAACGAGAUGGAGAUUCUCGACGGAGAUGACGAUGCGACGGCGGCGGCAGGCUCUGGCAAGGUGGUGACGGCGGCUGAUCCGGGCUUAUUGGCUGGCCGGGUCGGCAAACUGAACGUCCACGCUUCGGGUCGGGUGACGUUGGACUGGGGCGGGAUCAGCUUCGAACUGGACCGCGCAACGGCGGUGGACUUUUCGCAGGAAGCGUUGAUUGUGUCGACGCCGCCGAAUGCGGGUGACGAGGAGUUCCCGGAUGAUGAGAAGAAGGUGUGGGCGAUGGGCCAGCUCAGCGGCAAGUUCACAGUGACGCCGGACUGGGAGAAGAUGCUGUGAUUGUACUGGAGCCUUGAUCAAUGAUAGACUGUUUGCUGAAUGACUGAAUGAACCAAUUGCAUU